AGGACAAAAAUGUCCGCUACACUGAUGCAAAAUGGCUCACUGCUGCUCCUGCUUGGAAUUCUCUGCACGUCCCUGAUGGUGUCAAACUCACGCAAACGGACACACAGAAAUAGCGGAGGGGGAGGGGGAUGCUGAGCCGCUCCAGUGAACCCAGUAUGGAUGCUGACGUAGGAAACUGGGAUGGGCGGAGCUUGGGGUUCGUAUUGAAUCUCCGGGGAUCACCGACACCGGCUGGUCUGUGUCGUUCAUUCAUCGGUGGAAUUAUUCAGCUCCUAAAUUAGCCGUUCCACCAUCAGCCAUCCUGACUCCUCCGAACACCGACUCUAAGGACGCUACUCCUGGCCAUCCUCUGUGGCGGGGCUGCGUGGGAGAAACGGAUCCUGCUAUCAUGCAACAGAGUGAUAUGCUAAUGUCUUUGCAUCAACAUGGAGGCUACUGGCAUGAAGCACUGGAGCCACAGAUGCACCCAGGAGACAUGAAUCAUUUUGGUGUCCAUGUUGUCAUCACUUGACCAACCUACUGAAUCCAUGUUGUUCCAAGAUGAAGAUUGAUACCAGCCUGAAUAUGCCCCAGCUCCCAGAGGCCCUGUCCCAGGCAGGCCUUCAGUUUACUGUGGCAACUGAGGAGGACUUUGAUGAAAUCAUGGCUAUGAGCCAGGACAUCUAUGGAGGCCUUGACUAUCUACCUACUAGAUACACUAGCUGGCUGCAGGAUACCAACCGCACAGUUAUUCUGGCACGCAAACAUGGAAAAGUGAUUGCUCUGGAGUCUGUCUGUGUCAUCGAUGAUGGGGAGACCAUGCUGGUGGAAGGUCUCCGUGUUGCCCCCCAGGAAAGGGGCAAGGGCGUGGCAGGUGUUCUGCUACGCUUUUGUUCUGAGCUGGUUAAAUCUAGGUAUCCAGAGGUCAAAGUAUGCCGCUUGACCCGUGAUGAUCAGCUUGGACCAAAGGACUUUGAAAAGUACCGCAUCAUAACUAAGCAGGGAAUCCUGCUGAUGCGCUUUAGAGCUGAAGACCUCAAACUGCAUCUCUCUGAAUUUGGUCUAGAAGGAGACAAUGAAUCCACUUUGUCCGCCUUUUGCUCCAGUCCUCCUCCAGUGCGUCUGGACCACACAGCAAUCCAGCAGCUCUACUUAAACAGUGACCUGAUGCACGGGGUCCUCCCUAACGCAACCAUCAUUCAAGACUGGCAGCCAUUCAAGCUUUUGCCCAGUAACAUGGCAAUCCUACUAAAGAAGGAGAUUGACUGGAUGGUGGAUGAUAUGUCCAAUCCUACUGUGGCCAGCCUCUGUACCUUCCCUUUCAGGGUCCCAAUUGGAGAUGACUGGUAUUACCUGAACAUUGACGUGUUUGGUAAAGACCUCGCCCUGGCUCGACAGCAGUUCUUGUACCACUUGCAGCGCCAUACCGCCACCUUGAAGGGUCAUGUGAUGUGCCAGAUGUUCCUAGACCCACCGCUUUGGAAGGCCAUGGCUGAAUUCUGCCACAACACCCUGAGUGUGGAGCUGGUGAAAGAGUAUACUGAGCAAUGCGUGGUGGAGUGUGAUGUCAUCUAGUUGCAGAAGGUGGAUGGAAAUAAGGAGAAGUUGUCGAGGCAUGACAGGAAGGAAGACAAGGGUUUAAACAACAAGGAAGUAACACAAAUCAGUUACAAAUACAAAUAAACACAACACUCUGUACUGAGGAGGAAAAUCAAGUAAACAAAAUGUAGUUUUAGAUACAAAACAAAACCUUGAAGAAUUAACAAUACGCAGGCACAUGAUGGGAACUUAAAAUCAUCUACAUCAUGUAAUCAACUACAAUAGGUCUAUGAUUAAUGCCGAAUUUAUAAAGUUUAUAAUAAUUAACUGGUACACUGGACGCGUUGAUUUUGCUACUGAGGUGUAUUUAACAUGUUGUUUCCUCAAAAAACAAGAGAAGGAACAAAAUAACACAAAUACCUCUUUCCAUGGAUCUAAAAUGGACUUGUGGAAAAGCACUAAAACACCCUGUUGUUUUUUAAAUGAUUUUCAAAGAAUGAUCAAAUCUGAUAGAGUCCAAUAGAGUCACAUAGGAUGUGAGGAUUAUUGGUCCUGACGAGAGGUCGUGAAGUCAAUCAGAAGUUAGAAAAGUUCUUUAAUUUCACUGAAAAAACAAACUGUUUUUGUCAUUGCUAUAAGUCUUGAGCGGACCCUAUUGCAGUUGAGCUACAAAGAUGUAAAAAAAAUUUAAAAAGUGAUGAAUGUGAGGAUACUUUUCCCACACACUGUCGUAAAGUAAAAUGUGCAAACAACAUGCAAGAGCUCAUUUUCAAUUCUGUUCUCUGUGUAAAUAUGGAAAUUCUAAAUAUGUGUAAUGCUGAAUUGGGUUGUCAAAUCUGCACAUUUCUAAAGGCACUUUAUUAAAACUACCCUUGAAGGUUGUGUCUACAUUAUAACGAGAAUCAAUCGUUUGGGAUCAAAUAUAGCGCCAUUCAGAAUGUUUGGGGCAAAGACAGCACAUAUUUGCAGUUUUGCCUUUGAACAGCACCACGGUGGAAAUCAAUCUAUAAAUCAAUAUGUUACUGAAGUGCAAGCUUUCAGGUUUAAUUUAAGGGGUUUUACAAAAAUUAUGCCUGAGCUGUAUAGUAUAAAAAGGCGUAGUCCCCCUACCUUCAGAUGUUCAAAAAUGAAUGGAACAAAUGCUUUUGUGGCCAGGUGAGGCCUGCUUCAUUGUUAUUUAGUGAAAAAGAAAGCAGACAUAAUAUUUGAAGGUUAAUCAUAAUUCAAAGUGUUUCACUGUAAAUUUAAUGUAAUUUUAAAACGAAAUUUUGCAAGUGAGGAAGGUCGACAUUACCAAAGGUUGAUUCUGUUCAUCUGGACGUUUUCAGUGGGAGAAAAGUUUCGUCACUCAUCCAGGUGACUUCUUCAGUCUCAGCUGACUGCAGGUUUCCCCAGUCUUAUAAACAGCAGGAAAUUGGCUGGAAAGCUCCAGCCAAUCCAGGAGAGAAGGACAACCGCUGCCUAAGAGAAAACCUGUAGUGAUCCCAUAUGUGUCAGGAGUAUCGGAGCAGUUGAGACACAUUUUUUCUAAACACCGGGUCUCUGUGGCUUUUAAACCCCAAAACACGCUGCGCCAAAAAUUGGUCCACCCCAAGGAUCGGGUCCCCCGACACAAACAGAGUAACAUAGUGUACGCUGUUAAAUGCCAGGAGGAUUGCCAGGAUUUAUACAUCGGGGAAACCAAACAACCUCUGGCUAAGCGGAUGGCACAACACAGAAGAGCUAAAUUGUCAGGCCAGGACUCUGCAGUCUAUUCAGACAGUUCAAUUCAAUUCAGUUUGAUUUGCACAGCGUACAGUCACCUCAAGGUGCUUUAUAUUGUAAUAUAGACCCUAUAAUAAUACAUACAGAGAAACAAUCAUAUGACCCCCUAUGAGCAAGCACUUUGGCAACAGUGGGAAGGAAAAACUCCCUUUUAACAGGAAGAAACCUCCAGCAGAAGCAGGCUCAGGAGGCCAUCUGCCUUGGUUGGGGUUAGGGGAAUAAGACAGGACAAAAGACACGGUGUAAAAACAAAUGAAGAAAAACCAAGAUUGAACCAUAAAGACGAGGAAAGAAAAGUAUAGAUAAGGAGAGAAACAGCUGAUGAUGCCACAUGUAACAUGGGUUGUAUUCAGUAGUUGAGAGGAGAAGGUAGAAACACUCAGCAGGACACUCAAAAACUCACGACCACACUGGUACUGGGAUUUCCACAGUGCUCAUCCUUUAAUAAACACACUCUUCACCAACCUUACAAGGCGAGUUGUGUUCAUACAACCUGUAACUUUGUACUUUAAGUUAGGAGAUAAAGAUAUGAGGUCCAUCGCCGUCCAUACGUCCACGUGCAAGCACACUCCUCCCACACUCUACAGAGAGCAGUGGCGCACACUUGUGACAUCAUUAACAUUAACUUAAGUUGUCUUAAAGAGACACCACACAAUUGUGACUGUUACACACAGCAUCUGCCUAACAUGGUGGAGCCAGCAUCAUGCCAGUGAAACUGGGUCACGGACAAUGUGACUGCUGAUAGAAGCAGCAGAAUUCAUUAUGAAGUGCGCAGCGCUUUAUUCUCUGCUCAGACCUAACCAAAUGAUGCUCAGACGGAAAAUGAUCAGACAGCACUAACAGUGCAAACAGAUUAUGACCCAGAUCAUACUGAAAAAGCAACCCAACAGUUUCUCAAGGUAAAGAAACGGGACAUUCUUCCAUGCCCAAGUCUGUCACAUGAUCUCAACCCAGCAAGCACCAAAUCACAACAGCCACCUUAAGGAGCUUUAAGUGUUAAGGUAAAGACCCUAAAAUAUAGAGAGAAAGCCCCAACAGUCAGCCGACGAGGAGAACAAGGCUCAGGGACUGACAGCCAUCUGUCGCAACCAGCAGGGGGUGAGGAGAGAGAGAGAGCUAAGGACACACUGUGGAAGAGGGCCACAGUUUCAUAAUAACUAAGGAUUACAUCCAAAGUGGUAUAUCAGCACAUAGAGGGAAAUCUAUUUUUGUCUUGAGUAAAGAUUGAGCCGAGCAACUCAAAGGAAACAACAUUUGGUGAUGUCCAUUGUUUCUAGACUUCAAGCAGACAUUGGUUGAAAAAUGCUGUCCUGCGUUUUUUAAAGUGUCUUAAAAUUGAUGUUAAGACGUAAAUUAAAGUAUCCCAGAAAUUUUGAACCUCCGAAAAUGGGGCUUUGCAAAACAACUCAUUGAAUUUAUUUGUUAAACCCUUUAAAUUAGAGCUGACUGUCAGUCACAGAUAGUUUUUUUUAAAUUUACAAUCCACUGUGGAGAUGCACAAAAGCAAAACUUUGUCCCAAACAUUAUGAAGGGCGCUUUAGUAAUUUACUAAUUUUGGGUAACAUCAUCUUUAACCAGCAUUACCUUAGGAAUGUCAACAGCAGGAAUGGACAGGUCAAAUAUGGGCAGGUUUAUGCUUUUUCUUUUAAACACAUGUUACUGAGUUCAUAUGUAAUUGCUGCAAUACCAUUAUUAACUUCUUAAAAGGUAAGAGAAAUUUAGGCUUACUUGAGUACUUUCUUACAACAAUGCCAAACAAAAAUGCUAAUGUUUCAAAAAUACUUCGCUGAUGACUGUGCAGCUUACUGGCUUUGUAUAAAACAGAGAGGAACGUUAUGAAAGUUUGCGUUAACAAAUUAUUUAGUAUAUUGUUACAUUUUUAAUGUCAAGUAGCCUUCAAGGAUUUUUUUCAAAGAUAAUAUUAGUUUGUGUACAACUAGACCUCGCCCAAUAAAAUCACAACACUUCAAACACAAACCCGACUGCUUUUUAAUGCAAAAUGUUUCGAUCCGCAAUGAGAAACAGCUUUAGUGUUACUUUUAUAGGCUAUUUAAGUGUGCUCUGCUGGAUGUGUUUGCAUGAUUGUCCUGAAAAGUGUUCCAAGGAAAAAUCUUUGGCUUUUGAAAUCAGCGCCAUCAUCAUAUAAAGCUUUUUUGGUCUAUUUUGUCUAAAACGUUACUUUACCACCAAAUUCCAGCACAAAUGUGUUACAUUUGGUACAGUCUCACCUGUCUGUAGUGCAUUAGUGCUUUAUCUACAGCAUAUUUAAUUGUUACUAGGAAGCUUUAUGGCCUAACUGUUCUUUAUAAUUCUUCACUGAAUAGAAUUGAAAUUACAUCUGCAUCUCCACGUAUUAUAUCUCUAUUUCUCUAUUUAAAUGACCAAAUACAGAGAGAGAGUGAGACAAGUUAAAUAGUGUGUAUCUUUUUAGAAAUACACUUUCAUUUGUAAAAACUAGUUUCCUUGCCUUGGCAAGCUUUAAUCUUGACUCUGACUACCUUCUUCUUCUGGUAUGCAAAUAUACGUGAAAGGAUGACUGUGUCUGUUUUUUAAGAAAGAUAAAUCUUUAGUUUUACACAGUAGAAUUCAUCCUGCUUUUUGAGUCGUCACAUCCUCAGCACAUUUCUAACAAUAUAGGCAGUCAGCUUUUCACUCUAUAGGUUGUAACCAAAGAAAGUAUAUCCUCAGCUAAGCCAGUGUGCCAGAAGAGAGCAACGUUGACUAUUUUCAUCCUAGAACAAACCCUGACAGUAUCCCUCUGUCCCACACUGCUGUAAGCAAUGCUGUCAGCCUGGCCAACCCUAUAAACUUCUGCCUCUUCCGCUGCUUCUCAUUCUUACUCAUAAACAAAACACUUUGUUGUUUACUGGCGAACAAAAUACUUUGUUACGAUGUGACUGCUGACUGCCGGUUAAUCCCGUAUUCCAUAUUUCCUCCACUUUUCAAUCAAAAUAACUGAAAUUUGUCUCCCAGCUGUGACUCAACCAACCACUAGUUUUCAUAAUGUACCAUAACUUUCUACUGCUGUUGUGUAAUGAGAAGUCAGUUUGUUAGGUUGAUUUUUGUAAUCACAAGAAGUCAUUGCAGGGAACAACUGAAAAAAACAACAAUAAGUUCAUUUUAUAGUCCUAAAUACACACUGAGACAUUCAAACCUUUGAAGAAUAUAUUAAAUAAGUUGCUACGUAUUUUAAUCACAAUCAAAUAAACAUUUUGAUAAGCUUAAAUGUAUCUUUUAACAGCAACUAGGGCUAGCUUAGGCAAAUAAAUGGAUCAUGCUUAGUUACUUUUUUGUCAUAAAAAUAUAAUAUAUAUACAUAUAAAAACAAGGUGUUUGGCUCUGAAAAAAACUUGAUCGUGUAUUUAUUGGAAAGCGACUGUAGAGAAUGGGACCACAUUCAUUAGCAAACUGUGCAACAUGUUCCUCUCUACGUUGGUUAACAAGUUUAUUAGACCUCCUGUCAGAAUAAGAACAAAACACAAAUAUUUUACAAAUCUGUCGAAACCUGUUUACAAAUAAAAUCAUAUUGUUAUUUAUAAUAAUAAACUAAAUUAACUUUUUUUUUUACCCAAAAUUAAUCCGGCACAUUGGACUUUUCUAAAAAGUCUAAAAUGAAUGAAUCAUAAUAUUCAACCAGUAAAACUUCUGUUCAGAAAUGCAAGAAAAAAAUGUAAUUUGGCAACUAAAUAAAAAAAGUGCAUAACAAUUAUUACCAUCAUUAUUAUUAUUUUGUUUUUGUGUUAACCAGUAAAUUUGAAAACCCAUGGGUAACAACAUUAAUUAUAUUUUAACACUUAAAUAUAAUUUUGAUUACACAGCUUGUGCAUACUGGUGGACUUUGGUAUAAACGUGACAUUUGGUGGUGGUCUAAUAAAUUUGUUAUACACUCAAACUCACAAUUUGUUUAAAUGCAAAAGUUUUGGGGUGUUAAUUCAUUGAUACUUGUACAGAUUUGGGCAUAACAUUAACAUGUUUUCCAUUUCCAUUUUGUGGUCCUCACACAUAACUUCAAACUGCACAUAUAGGAAAUGCAAAUGAAGCAGUUUUAUCAAUGCUUUAUAGUUAAUUUAAACUUACACAAAAAGCUGCGUAGUGUUAGGCAAAGAUUGCAGAUCUCCACCUAAAACUUAUUUCCUUAGAAUAAAUUGACAUAAUCACAGCAAUUUGGUUGCUGUUGAGAAAACAACCAUGAUUCUUCCGUAUGCUGGCUUCUGUUACUUUGGCCUGUAAAAGACAGUGGUUGCACAGUCAAUACAUACGAUUUUGUGUUUAGUUAUUUGCACAAGGAUCCUGUGCUUGGAGGUUAGAAAAAUACAGAAACAUACACACCAACCUAAGGGAUUUUUAUUGUCCAUGUUCCAGUGGUUCAUUGCUACUUUUGGACAAUUAGAUAUUUAAAAAGCCGUUUGUCAGUUUAAGAAUUACGACACUUUACAGCUGACACUGGCACAAAUCACCAGGAAGCACAAAUCAAAUGACAUAUUUAAUUGUUCGGACAAUAGGAACAAAAUAUUUUAAUAUCAAUUCAAUCAGCUUAAGAUUGGCUUCAGCACCUGUGCUGCUUUCAAGCCUGAAGAUAUUAAUUAGGGACAGUAUAUUAAAGUCAUAGAUCAGACAGGUUUUCAUAGUUUUCAUGCCUUUCCUUUGCUUAGACUCAUUUACGCAGUAAAUACCACCCAAAAACAUAGAAUAUGUUCGAUUUCGUGCUCAUGACAGGAAAGCUGGAAGAAGUGCCAAAUUUCAUGCUGAACUGGUUAUCUGAAUGAAUUUAUGAAAGAGCAGCAAUUUUUGUUGUUGUUGUUGUUGUUUUCAAUGCAAGACUUGUUUGAAAAUUCAUUUAAACUUUGCCUGUUUUGUUAAAUAACCUAUAAUAACCUAUUUAAUUUGAGGUUAGUUAUAUCACUUUGUCUUAAAGAUGUGAGGAUUGUUUACUUAGUAUACAAGUAAAUAAACAAAGACAAAGGCAUUAUAGGGCAAAGUAUUAUAUUAAUGUAUGUUUUAUGAAUUACUGUAUAUGCCAUUAAGUUAGUGGGUAAGCAACAUGCACUUUAAUUGUCUUUGGCAAUAAUAGCUAAGCUCCCAUCAUAUGUAAAGCAGUCUCAACCUCACGUUCUUGUCACACAUGUGCAAAAACAAUGAUACAGCGUCAUAAUGUAAAACGUCAAAACUCUGUCAGUCUGUUCCUUCGAACGUGAACCACGUCACAGAAGACAUUUAGAGCAGUUACACAUAAAAAUGAAAUCAUAUAUUUUAUUCUCUAAACAGACUAACAGAUUAACAGAACAAACAUUGUUUAACGUGUGCUGAAACUAUGAUGCAGGUUUGGGUUUAUUAUAAAACCAGGAGAUAACAAAAUAUACCCGUACAUUUAGUGUUGUAGCUACUUUAUGUGUGUGUGAUUCCAUUUUGUGAAACCCAAUAAGUUUUCAUUUCAGAGGAAAAUAUUAUUCUUUUUACUCCCGUACAUUAACAGCUGUGUUGUCAUUAGAAACCUUGAAAACUAAUAAUGUUACAUGCAAAAUAGAAAUAAGAUACAUUUUUAAGAAGUUAGAUUAGCAAUUGUGAUGCAACAAUGUGUAGUCUUCAAAAAUCCUUUUCUUUUCAUGUGUUCAGUGAUGCAAAUCUUGACUAUGUGUACUUUUCAGCCUUCCCUGUGCUUCAUUUAUAUUGCUUGCUUAAACAUGUCUUGAAUGAUAAGGCCUGGGACCUCUAGAAUGACAUGAACAAACCUUUCUCAUUUGUUGUAUUUUAAGUAAAGGCAAGUAACGAGUC